UAAAGGGACCACUACAUUAUUGAUACUUUGUCAAUAAGUAUGGCUCAAGGAAGUUACGUUUUGAGAAAUGUUUCAGGUCAAAGCACUGAAGAGUGUGUUCCUAACCACCUGGGGAUUGACUAUAGUUAUCAGUUGGACGUGGACUACCAUAAGAGUGUGGACAACUUCCAAAACGGUGCAACCAUUAAGCGGUUAAGCCUUAAAAGGAGGCCCAGAGUGGCUGUCAAUAAUGUGGAAAAAACGCAAAGUGACAUUUCAUCCAGCCAGUGGCAUUCUGCAGAAUCUUUGUCAUCAUCUAGCAGUGACAAUACAAGACUACUGGGCAUGUCUUCUACCACAAGAGGUCGACCUCCUCUUCCUCCACCACAUCGGUCCUUAUUGGAUAACAAACCCGACAGGAAUGAAGGACCAACAACCUCUCAGAUACUUAAUGAACCAAAGCCUCAGCCUGCUGCAAGAUCUCUUGCAUUACAAAGACAAAGCCCUGUAAUGGAAAGUACCUUAAUGGAGACCCUCAAACAUUUGGAACAGGAGGUGAGGAGCCAGCCUCCACCUCAGCCCGCUCCCCGGCGUCGGCUGGCCAGCUUUGGAGGGGUAAGUUCUCAUGGGUCGCAUUCCCCCUUCACUGGCCUGGGCGCAUAUAAUCAGAACAACAAUGGAAACAAGCCUACUGGCACAGAAGGUGAUAAACAUGUCCACCUUAGCUCAUCACUGGGCAGUAGAGGCAGCACAGGAUGCCUUAGGCUGAGCCCACAGAGCUCUGGGAGAACCACCCCAGUUACAGGUCUCGGCCCCAUGCACCUGCUGCAUGUCCGUGAUCAGAUGGUGGUAGCUCUGCAGAGACUCAAGGAGCUGGAGGAGCAGGUGACAAUCAUCCCUAUCCUUCAAGUAAGAAUCUCAGUCCUUCAGGAGGAAAAGAGGCAACUGGUCUCUCAACUCAACAACCAUAGUGCCAAUGAGGACAUAAAUGGUGUGAUCUGGCAGAGAGCAUAUGGCAAAGAAAAGUCUGACAUUGAGAAUAAGGUGAUUAACGAGGAAGGACCUGAAUGUAUAGUCAGAAGUGACUGCACCAACUUCAGGGAGCUCAGGGAACUGACUGAAGAGAUGAAUGCAUGGGAAACAACCACAAGGGGUGGACAUUUGCAAGCAUGGCAUGAAAAAGCCCAAAGCCUUCUGCAUGACAAGGCCAUCAAGUCAGUCACUGUGGGAACUGAUAACAAUAUUACCUUGUCUACACCCACUAAAGAAAACAAAUAUGUGAACACUGAUCCGGUAAAUAUGAGGUCCAUUGCAUCAGAAGUGUCUGAAGUUAGUCUGGGAAUUUACACAGAACAGGAAGCAGAGAUUGAUGCACAACAACUAAUAAUUGGUGCCUUAAAGGAAAGAAUUUGUCACUUAGAAGCAGAGUUAAAAGAAUCUGCUCUCAAGUCAGAGAUGAGUCGUCUGAAACUAGAGCUUCAGGCUGCAGGAGCUAGAAGCCGAGCUGAUAAAGCCUCCUUUGCUAGACCAUCCACUGUGAGCACAGGCAUCGAGGCAAGGCCUCACACCACAAGCCAGGCAGUGGGUAAUCACACAGAGCUCCGAGAUGCCAGCACAGGGGAGGCAUUAGAGAUGAAGACUGUGGGAGUGUCAUGUUGGAGGCCUGAGCUGAAGAAUGUUUGUGCAGGACCAGAUGUACCCAUGAGCCACUGGGAGGUCAGAGAGCAAGUAGAGACCAUGGAAAAGGGUGUUGGUAUCCAUGUUCUUACGAACACACAAGGAGUUGGAAGGGAGAUAAAGUUAUGUGAUGCAGAAACCAACACAGAGGUACCAGUGGAGAAUCUGGGGUCUAAGAAAAGAAAGAUGAAGUACAAUUCAGUGGGUUGUGGGGACUGUUCUGUUGAUGUAAUCGUCUGCGAAGCAAAGGAAGUGGUUUCUCAAGGUAUUGCCACGGAUCAAGGCAGAGGUGUGGAUCUGGGAAUCAUGGCCACACCCCAGACAACUUCCCAGCGUACCAAUACUGUGUCCAACUCAGUGUCUCGCUUUACCAACACCAGACAUGCCUUCAACUCAGACUCCAGCACUAAUACUGUCCUAAGUACCCAAGACAAACACACCAACACCACUCAGACUGUUACCAGGACAGUGUCUGUAGGUAACGUGGUCAAAGACAUCAAAUGCCCACUGAAGACCUGCACGGUUGGUGUAGGAACUAUAAAUCUACCAGGAAGCACCUUAAAACAAACACCAGGGACAGUCACCAAGAUAACUCGAGACGCUGGUGUUGGAUUAACAAAUAUUAAUGACAAUUUUCUGGUUGGACUGAAAUCCCGUAAUAUGGCAUGUGGACCAUCCCAUCUGCCUGACCCCAUCAAGACAAGGAGCAUCGGUGUAGGGGAGGGGAGGGUACGGGAUUUGUCAUUUUCAUCUAGUACUCCUGGCCAGAUAAUUCAGCAAUCUUCACAGGCCCAGUGGGACCCCGAGCUGAACCAUUAUAUAGAGAAGAUGCACUGGCUUCUCAGGGAGCACGGGGACCUGCUCACAGUGGACCACGCUCAUCAGAGGGAUGGGUUCGUCCAGCAGCAUAGUAGACAAGGAAGUUCCAGCUCUAAGCUGUCCUGUAAUAACAAAGCUGCAGCACAAGGAGGACCAGAAGUCCAUGCUUUAGAUAACCAGCCACCAGUCAGCAGAGAGUCUCAGUCCCCCUCUCAACUCUCAGUUGACUCUGAUAAGUGUGAAAACUCAAACCCAGGAAUCUGCCAACAGGGUGGCAGUGAUUCAGAUGUGAGAAGAAUGAUACAGAUGUUGGAACAUCAGGCAUCCUCAGCUUUGCAAGAUAGGUCCACGAAUGCCGGUGUGCUGCGGUCUGUAAUGAAGAAACAAGAGAGUGACCAAGGCUGUAGCAGCAACAGGAAGAGCAUGAGGUUAAUGAGGGUGACCACAGGAUUGGACCCCAUGUCAUCCUCCAAGCACUUUGAUAGUGAGAAAGCUAACCUUGAGGAAGUGGAAAGGAGAGGAAACAAAAAAUCAAGGGAAGCUUCUCAAGAUGGAACGCAAGGAAGAAAAGGCAAAGGUGGCUCCAACAAGGUGUCCAAAGGGUCUGCAAAAUCACAAACACAGAGGUGUAAGAUGAGUGAAACAAUGUUUUCCGCUUGUCAAGCCUUGAAGUUACACCUAAGUGAUGAUACAGCUUUAUCCAGCAGCAAAUUGCAUGACUGUCUACAAACAAUCCAGCGAGAGUGGUCGUCUGUGUCCAGCCACAAGUCAGCUUCUGCUGACACUAUAGGGAAUUACUUGGCUACAUUUCGGGUCAUCUCACCUUCAGUAUUGCAAUAUAUAGCCAACAUGGCUGACAGCAAUGGAAACACAGCUCUGCACUACAGUGUGUCUAACGCCAACUUUGGCAUUGUCAAGAAGUUGCUUGAUGCAGAGGUGUGUAACGUCGAUCAGCAGAACAAAGCCGGUUACACGGCCAUCAUGCUGGCUGCACUCGCAGCUGUGGAAAGUCCAGAGGACAUGAGAGUUGUGGAGCAGCUCUUCACAAAAGGAGACGUGAAUGCGAAGGCAAGCCAGGCCGGUCAGACAGCUCUGAUGCUGGCUGUGAGCCAUGGCAGGAUGGACAUGGUGAGGGCACUCCUGGCACAGGGGGCCCAGAUCAAUCUCCAGGACGACGAGGGCUCCACAGCGCUGAUGUGUUCAAGCGAGCAUGGCCACGCCGACAUUGUUAGAUUACUGCUGGCACAGCCAAACUGUGAUGCCACCCUGACUGAUAGUGAUGAAAGCACAGCCCUGUCUAUUGCUCUGGAGGCAGGACACAAUGACAUUGCAGUGCUCCUUUAUGCACAUGCCAACUUCUCAAAAGGACAGACAGCGGCAGCUGCUCGUCACAGUGGCAAAUCUCUCUCCUCCUCUGGUGGCAGAAAUACCUUUGAAUGAGGGGAUAGCCCGAAGCCCGAAUGGAUUCUUCUUGACACUCGUUUAUCAAUUCAGUUUUCAGUUUUAGUUAUAGUAUCAAUUAAUAACAAGAGUGAUUUUAAGACGCUUUACAGAUAGAGUAGGUCUAGACCACACUCAAUAAUUUACUAGGACCCAACAAUUCUAGUAAUUCCCCAAAUCAGCUGGUUUAGUAUCGAGGCUCCCAUUAUGAUUUAAACAGUAUAGUAACAUAGUUGUCAGGUAAUUGACAGAAUGCUAGUUAGUAUGUAUCUAGUAUCUAGUGUAGCCUUUGCAAAACAUUGCAUAGUGUGCAUUCUAUUGUAACUCAGCAGGUAAUAUAUGCAUGGCAGAGUAUAUUAUUAUCCUAUAUCUGUAAGAGAUAUUAUUAUUGUGGUAUUCUGCAGUCAUUUAUUAUAUACUAUCAGGUCAAAGUUUCUUUAAUUGUUUUAAUUCUCCUUUUUGUAAAUAAUAUUUAAUUGCUGAACAAUAUACUACACAGUAGCAUCAAACUCAAAGAUAUGAGUAAAUAUGUAAAUGUAUAAAAACAAAAUAGAUAAUGAAUAGCUACAGAUAGUCUUGAUUUGUCAAUUAUUCUGAAAACAAACUUAAAAUCUUAAAAGUAGGUCAACAUUGUGAAUCCAUAUUUCUAUUGUAGUGUUAAAAAGUUUAUGCUUUUGCUGAAUCUGUACUGCUUCACUAAAAUAAUCUGAAACAAGAUCUUUAAUUGUUAAUAUACUGUACAUUCAGUGGUGUAGUCUAGGUGAUACUCAGGUAUACGCAUUAUACCCACUAAGAAAGCUCCAGGAUUUCCAUAUGCCCAGUUAAAAUUGUGCAAUAACACGAAACAACAUACUUUCCAUUAUAGUUUUUUUUUUUUUUUUUAAUUGUCUUCUGUGUUUUCCUUUACAUAGGCUAAAUAAAGGCAUUUCUACCAUAAAAUGAUGCAAAAAAGUUGGAAUGCAGGAACUAAAGUCUGUGACGCUCAAAAUGUCCCUGGGGGAGGACACCCAGACCCCCCACUUUGACAUGUCCAUUCUGAUCCAUAUGUUUAUACAGUCCAGUAUUGUGCUGGUUGCUACCGACCAAAUAAAGCAAGAACAACUCCAGAAAUGAAACUUUGAGACACUGAUAAGUGUGAAAUAGGUUUUAUUGGAGCCUUCUGUUUUGUUCCAUAUUCAACAGAUUUCAGCCGGUUU